AUUCAAAAACCCCACGAUUCUCAACCAAUAGCCACUCCUGCAUCUAUCUCUCUCCUUGUGAAUGUGAACACAAAAGGACAAGAAGAGAAAGUUGAGAGUUUUCUUUUGAUUUUCGCUUGUCUGGAUUCGAACCGAAUCGCCAUUGUUGUUGUUACCAAUAUUCUUCUCUCUUCGUCUUCUUUUGUCUGAAAAAAAUCCAAACAUUAUUUCAGUUUCUCCAUUGGAAAAGCGCAACAAAACAUCCAUCCACGAGUGUUUCCUCGUUUCCUUGACACAUGUUUUUCGCAUCAUUCAUUCAUUCUUCAUCAUUUUAAACUAAAAGAAACGAAACUGACCUACCAAGCAAAGUUCCUCUACUUGCUUCAUCUUCAUUCGUCAUGAUUUCCCUCUUUUUUUACUUUACCAAUUUCUUGAAUUCUUAAACCCAAAGACAAAGCCUUUCGAUUUCCUAUAGAUACUUUCAGAUGUCUAAGAACUCAAACGUUGAAGAGAAUGGAGGAGCAAAGCCAAUCUGUGAAGCUUUGAGGAGAUUCAAAAGGUCGAGGCUUGUGUUCGAGCCGUCUUUAGGAGUGUUGGGGUUUUUCUUGGUUGGGGUCUGUUUGGUUUGCAGUUUUUUCUUCUUUGAUUACAGAAGCGUUGCUAAAAGCUAUGGCCUUUCGGAUAAAUCUGAGAGAUUCGUUUGGCUCAAGUUUGACAAUAUCAGCAGCAGCAGCAGUAGUAGUAGUAAUAGUUCAAAGAGAGUUGGGUUUCUGGAAGAGAGUGGAAGUGGGUGUGAUGUGUUCGAUGGAGAUUGGGUUUGGGACGAGUCUUAUCCAUUGUAUCAAUCCAAAGAUUGCAGAUUUCUCGAUGAAGGGUUUAGGUGUAGUGACUUUGGAAGGUCUGAUUUGUUCUAUACUCAGUGGCGUUGGCAACCUAGACACUGUAAUUUGCCCAGAUUUGAUGCAAAACUGAUGCUGGAGAAACUCCGGGACAAGCGGCUUGUGUUUGUUGGCGAUUCAAUAGGAAGAAACCAGUGGGAGUCUCUACUUUGUCUACUAUCUUCUGCAGUCAAGAACGAGAGCUUGAUUUAUGAAAUAAAUGGAAGUCCGAUCACAAAGCACAAAGGGUUCUUGGUGUUCAAAUUUGAGGAGUACAAUUGCACAGUGGAGUACUACAGAUCUCCAUUUUUGGUUCCUCAAAGCAGACCACCGAUUGGAUCACCUGGAAAGGUCAAGACAAGUUUGAAACUGGACACUAUGGAUUGGACUUCAAGCAAAUGGAGAGAUGCUGACGUUUUAGUGCUCAAUACUGGACACUGGUGGAACGAGGGGAAAACUACUAGAACGGGAUGUUACUUUCAAGAAGGAGAAGAAGUAAAAUUGAAGAUGAAUGUAGAUGAUGCUUAUAAGCGAGCUCUGAAUACCGUUGUGAAAUGGAUACAUACCGAGCUCGAUUCAAACAAAACUCAAGUCUUCUUUCGCACUUUCGCCCCCGUGCAUUUCAGGUUUGUACGGUAUUACUCUUGAUAAAGACUCAAUCGUUUGUAAUAUUCAGUUGCUUGAUUAGGUUUAGGUCUUAUGAUGUAGAAUGUUCUGCAUUUAGUUUCAAUAUAUCUUCGUCGUUGUAUGUAUGAAACAGGGGAGGAGAUUGGAAAACAGGAGGAACAUGUCAUAUGGAGACAUUACCAGAGAUUGGAACCUCAUUGGCUUCAUCAGAGACCUGGGAACAGUUAAAGAUCCUCAGAGAUGUGUUGUCACAUAACUCAAACAGAUCAGAGACUGUUAAAGUGAAACUGUUGAACAUAACGGCAAUGGCUGCUCAAAGAAAAGAUGGUCACCCAUCACUCUACUAUCUCGGUCCGCAUGGUCCUGCACCGCUUCAUCGCCAAGACUGUAGCCACUGGUGCCUUCCCGGUGUUCCUGACACGUGGAACGAGCUCUUCUAUGCAUUAUUUAUGAAACAAGAAGCUCCUUCUUCUUCUAAAAGAGUUGAAGAAGCGAACAGUACAGGAAAUGUUACAAUGUCGUGAUGCCUGGACAGGACAAGGAAACCACAACAAGCUCUUGUUUCUUAAAGCUGUUGGCGUUUUUCUUAAGAUGCCAAGCUUAAAGAUCAAAAAGGGUUCUGGAUUUUUUGAUUGGGUGAUUAGAUUAAUUGGGUGGGGGAAUAUAUGUAAUUAGGUUGGUAAUCUUAAUCUCUGGUUGUAAAGAUAAAAAAAAAUCUUAAAAUUAUUUUUCGAUGAUUCAAAGAUAUACAGUUUUGGGCCUAGCCCAAUAAAAGUAAAUUUCCGGGAUAUCGUUGGCUUAUGAAACAAACAACGGUCACAUUUAGACGAAAUGGUCGGAAGUUUACAUGAUUUGAGACUUAGACAUAGAUGUGAAUUGAUUUACCAAGAAG